CAGCAGCAACUCGCCACUCGGGUUAGUGGAACUGGGCGGCUUGGAUGUACGCUCACUUCGUCACGGCACUCGCUACAGUUCGGUCGCAAAAACGAGUCACGGUUGGCACCGGUCGCUGUACGGUGUGCGGAGUCCCUACUCUAGUCGAACAUCACCAAGUUCAAAACGGGGUCCAUACGGAGAACGAAGGAACGGUGCAAAAAGUGUUCCUCUUUCUUGUGGCUCGGGUUGGAGGGUGCUUACUCGCUGACGUUGACGGAAAGUUGGUAACUUCUUUUGCACGCCUCGGCCUAAUCGCUAACCUGUGGGAGUUGAACGAUAUCGCCCGCUGUCAGGAAGCGUCACGUUGUACCGGGCACCGUAAGCGACUCAUUAGUUCAACAAACAUACGCGGACACGCUCGGAAGGUGCAGUGAAGUGUGUGAGGAAGGUGGUAAAAUUAUAACAUUUCCGGGUGUUUCGCUGCAGAUUUCAGUGCAUCCGUGAGAAUAAGGUGAAUAGAGGCGAAUCGGUUAGAAGUGGUGUUUGGUUUUCUGGUGGUCGUGUGGCGAAAGUAGAAGGAACCGAGCAUGGGUCCACUUAAGCAAAUGACACAUUGCGGAAGCAUAAGUGCACUGUUCGCUGUGUUGAUAGUGCUGUUCGGCGUCAGCUCGUCGGCCCUGACCACGUUCGGGAAGUCGAACACGAAUCAACAGGCAGCUCCAACACCACCGCCGGUGGUAGCCAAAAGCUGUACAAAUCAUGGCGACUGCAGUACGAUACAGAACACGAGCUGCGUAAUCGAUCCGAUCGAUGAUCGGAUGCGGUGCCUGUGUGGCGAUUUCAAGGCCCCAGUGAAUGGACUCUGCUCCGCCAAAUAUAAAGGACUACGUCAUCUGUGUGGUGAUUCUGCCCAGUGCGAUUAUGGUAUGAUGUGCGCCAUCGAGAGCGGUACCAAACCGACCACGACGCUGGUAACGAGCAAAACGUUCCUCACCAGCAGCAUGCUGAACAGCAACGGAAACAACACGUACAAAGUGUGUCUGUGCGACGAAGAGGCCGAAUUUUUCGAGAACAAACACGAGCGGCACUGCAGCGGCACGGUCAUGAUUGUCACAUCCGGCGCCGUGAUUCCGCUGAUGAUGCUGUUGCUGGGAAGAUUCGUCGCCAACCUUCCGAUCACUCACUGGAACGCAGCGCUUUAAAAUAACCUUUCUUGAGGGAGCGUUUCAGGCAUCGCAAAGCCAAUGCACAAUGCACUUCGUCAGCGAUGGCGGACAAACACCUGAGCAGAGUAGCUUUCAGCAAUGUGGGGCUGUAUGAGGGUUAGAUGGACGAUAGAAUAGACCAGCACCUUACGUUAAAUCCGAAUUUCUUGUCCCAGCACCAGAUAAGCCUUACUAGUGUAGUCAUCGAUCACAUCGUAGCGAGUGAUUAGGAUCGAGCAAGUGAUGGAUGGAGAAGAGCAAGAACCAAGUCAUGUUAAAAGUAAUAAUAUAUUUUCGAAAUCCUUUGCACUAGAGCACCCUUUUGCAAACACCUAAUGCCUUAUCAUAUAAAAUUACCAUCGGAAAACGUUUCAAAAUCUUAGUAUACAAGUUUUAAUCAAACAAUCACAUUUUACAGAUUUUAACCAUUUUUCAUAUUUCCGAUUGAUUAUUAAGUAAACAACUCUUAAAUGUACUAUAACAUGGCAAUUCAAUCUUACUAGAGAUAGAGGACUCAAUCCCUUCAUCAAAAACUAUAGGGUUUAUUUUCGUAGAUGUAAAUACUAACUUUAAUCUUGCAUCGAUUUUAGUAUACUAUUCCCGUCCAAAUAAAAAAAAGGGUUCACAUUGAUGUAUACAGCGAGUAAGCGUCUUUUAUAUGGAUAAUAUGAGGAACAAAGGAGAGGAUAGAAGUGUAAAAGUGCUUGACUUACUUUAUUUUUCCCAAAAACCAACAAACACUAAAGAUGUGCUUAGAAGCUCUAUCUAUGCGUGCUUAAACGUACAACACUGUGUGAUUUAGAAAGGAGCAGCAAAAAAAACGAAACUAAAUACUAAGCCUAGGGUUAACCGCACAAUACAGAUCUGAGGCAAUUGUACAAUGCAAAAAAUAAUCUAAAUUAGCCGUGGCUUGCGCACAAAGAAUAUAUAUCGUGUCUACAGAGAGUUAUGGAAACAGGUUUAUAAGCAAGGAAUUGAACCGGUAGAUUGUAAAAUGUAAUGUUAUGUGAAUAAAUUUCUUUGAUCUA